AGAGGAUCUUUUUAAGGAGGAAGCAGAGAGAGAAGAGAGGAGUGUGUGUGUUGUCUCUUGUUUCAUUUAUAACACACAAAUAGAUGAAACGAGGAAAGCUAUUACAUCUUUUGUUGCAUCCAUAAACUUAUCUUUCCUUUCGCAGAGAAUCAAGUUUUGAUCAUCUUCUUCUUCUCUUUCUCCCAGCUCCUCCAUUCAUACUUAUAAAGUCUCCUAUAUCUCUCUAUUCAUACACAACCGUGCUUCUUAAUUUCUACUUCUGUUAAUCUUCGUGAUUAGGUUUUUCUUAUUUAGCAACCCUAUUGACCACCGGAGAAAGAGAUGGUGAGGGGAAAAACUCAGAUGAAGCGAAUAGAGAAUGCAACAAGCAGACAAGUCACUUUCUCUAAACGAAGGAAUGGUUUGUUGAAGAAAGCCUUUGAGCUCUCAGUGCUUUGUGAUGCUGAAGUUUCUCUGAUCAUCUUCUCUCCUAAGGGAAAACUUUAUGAGUUCGCCAGCUCCAAUAUGCAAGAUACCGUAGAUCGUUAUCUGAGACACACCAAGGAUCGAGUCAGCAGCAAACCUGUUUCUGAAGAAAAUAUGCAGCAUUUCAAACAAGAAGCAGCAAACAUGAUGAAGAAAAUUGAACAACUUGAAGCUUCCAAACGUAAACUCUUGGGAGAAGGCAUAGGAUCAUGCUCGAUUGAGGAGCUGCAGCAAAUUGAGCAACAACUGGAGAAGAGUGUCAAAUGUGUUCGAGCAAGAAAGACUCAAGUGUUUAAGGAACAAAUUGAGCAGCUGAAGCAGAAGGAGAAAGCUCUAGCUGCAGAAAACGAGAAGCUCGCUGAAAAGUGGGGAUCUCAUGAAAUGGAAGUUUGGUCGAAUAAGAACCAAGAAAGUGGACGAGGUGACGAGGAGAGUAGCCCAAGUUCUGAAGUUGAGACACAACUGUUCAUUGGGUUACCUUGUUCUUCAAGAAAGUGA